AAGGUCGCGCGCUGCACUGUAGCCCAAGUAGGAUAACUGCAUACGUGGAGUGUGUCUGAAAGUGUAGCCCGAUCCGCUCUCGCCUCCCAACCGGUGUCGCUGCGGCGUCUUGUGACCAGACCUACAACAGGAUAGUCCGCUCGACCUGAGCACUGUUCCGGGAGCGAGAGGCACACACGUUCAUCACCCUCAGUGGCUCCACACCGCAGAAAGGUAGUCUAGUCAGAGUUGUGUUGAUUAUAGAGACGAGACUGCUUCAAACAGUUUCUGCACGCACCAGAUUAGCCGCGGCAUAUGGUUGGGAAUUGGAAAUACCUCCCGGCGCACGAGCGCAGAUCUGUGUGUGGAGCGGUUCCGUUUCACGCUGUUGAGAAACGGGGAUUAAGAGCGACAGGGAACGUGUCAGCAGCACGGACAGGUAUCUAUCAGGCUCCAUCCUGGUCCCAUAGCUCUGAGGGUUCAGUGACGGGCUGUCCUCUCAGGCUGCAGUGGAUUACAUGAGGGACCCUGUGAUCCACAAAUAAUACCUGUAAUCCAGUGAGAAGGAACUGUGAUCCGGAGAGAGGCCCAGUGAUCGAUCCACUAAGGGCUGCUGUGAUUCACUGAGGACUGAGAGUUUCAGAGAGAAGGAACUAUGACCCAGCACUGAGCAUACCAGUGGUCCAGGUUGUGUCCUGUUAGUGUUCUGCAGUGUCGAGCGUGGCCGUCAGGCUGGGAGAAUCAGGAUGCCAGAGCUGGAGGACUUCCCCCCGAUGCGGGGUGACCAGCCGGCUGGUCCUGACCCGGUCCAGAUCCAGCGCAGCAUACUGGACGAGCAGGUAGAGCUGUGGUGGUUCCGCGACCCGGCCAAGUCUCUGCUGUGCUACUCCGUCGCCGUCCUACUCAUCCUGGGCUGCGGCCUGGGGGGCAUACUCCUCCUCUCCACCACUACCAGCUUCUCUAGUGACUGGCGCAUGGGAGCGGGCAUGGCUCUGUGUCUCUUAGCCCUGGCCGUCCUCCUCAAACAGCUCCUGAGCUCCGCCGUGCAGGACAUGAACUGCGUCCGCAGCCGGAGGCGGAUCGAUAUCCUGAAGAGCGGAGGGCUGUCGGAUCUGUUAGUGGUUCUCAUCACAGGGCUGUGUCUGGUGGUCUGUGGGGCUGUACUGCUGAAGCUGGCACUAGAACACCACAUGCCCAAGCCUGGCGUAGCCCUUAAUGAUAUGUACAUCUCUGGGGUGGUGUUGUUAGCUGGAGGGGGGUCAGCGGUGGUGGGGGUGGGAGUGUACACGGGGGUGGUGUUCCUGUUGGAGAGGACGUGGCCGGGACAGAGUUUCAGGGAUAGGGCCAUGGGGGUGUUCACUAUCUCUGGACGACACAUGGACCAAGGUAGGAGGGAGACCACCUCGAGCUUGGCUAACCUCAUCUGACCUGACCACCAGAGACAUAGCAUGGGAUAGGUAGCCCAAAACAGCAGAUGACCGCAACACUCAUAUGGCCCAGAUCUUAUCCAUAUAUGGGCACUGGGGAGGGUUGGAGCUUAUUGGUCAGCUCUGGCUUGAGGUAUGUGGGCUUGUAAUUGCUGGGGCCCCAUUUGGUGUGAACGUGGGCCACAUCCACCUUGCUGUCUGGGAGGGACCAAUGGACAUCACAUGUGAAAAUGGCAUUUGAGCAAAGUGGCUGCCUUUGAGCAACUAAGUAUCAAUUCAAUUUUGCAGGUCCAUGAAUUGCAAUAUGGGAUAGAGAGCUGUGUCUACACAACAUGUUUUAUUUUAAUGAUUCAAGCAUGGGCCGUCCUUGGAUAAUUACUUUUAUGAGAUGGAACCCCAGCAGAGCACUACUCUCUAUAAUGUGAAAUAAACAGAAUGACAGUGACACAGACACUGGUCCCGGACACAGAACAAAGAUUCAGAUUCAUAAUGUGUCUAAUGUAAUAGUAUCAUCCACUACAAAGCAGUUGGUGAAAAAGCUGCUGUAUGGAAUAAUCAUGUCAUAGAAUAAUGUAAACAGGUUACUGUACUGUACGAAGUGAUUUCCUGAUAAAUGUCACAUUUUGUCACCUUUUUAUGUCACAGGUUUACAGCUGUGUUGGGUAGUCAAAGGCCUUGCAACUCUACGAGGAAUCUGAGGAGAAUGCCAUUGUCGCCUGGUUGAAUGGUACAAUAUGGUUUAAUUGAACAAAGCAUCUGUGUGUUUGCGUGUGUGUGUGUGUGUGUGUCUGGCCCUCGCAACUCCUUAUCAGGCAGUGCAUGUGAGCUGCCUGUCGCUCAGAGACAAUAGGGGUCACUGAGGCGGCCAUUGUUGUUGUACCGACGGCCGGCCAGGCCAAUGGACAAUGGGCAGGCUGUGGAUCGUAAGGGGUUGGCAUCGCCCAGUACGGCUUUCCCUUACCACCCUCUAACACACACACACACACACAGCAGCGGCAGCGACUGUGGCUGUAAUCCCUCAUUGACAAGGGACUGUUCUCUGACCUGAAGUCUCUCUCUGUCUCUGCUGUGCAAUGCUAUGCAGGACAUGCUCUUUAGGUGGUGGUGCCAAGUAGGUCUGUGCAUUCACGACCGCGAGUGUGAGAGACGACAGCCAUGAAACAGUGAUGGGAGAGGAAGCGAGAAAGAGAAAACAGUACAAUAUAGCGACAUGAGAGCAACCAGACGAGAAAGAGAAAGAGAGACAGAGCUAAACCCUCAGGUGCAGUCCACCUUUUAGGCCAUAGGGGGUCCAUACUCACAAACUUGUGCUUAAACUGGCAGUUUAGACCUUAGGUUUAAAAUGUAUAUCUGCUAGCUUUUCUCAUAGGCAAACCUGGCACAAUUGGCCAUCUGGCUACCAUGAGUCAUUUGUAUAGUGAACAAAAAUAUAAACGCAACAUGUGAAAUAAAAAUAAAAGAUACCCCAAAUUUUC